CUCACGCGCACACUUUGUGCAGGAGUCAGUCAGCGCGCGCAGCCGAGGCAACUCUGACUUUAUCCGGAUUAUCAUCAUCAUCCUCAUCAUCAUCCUUUUUCUCAUCAGCAUUAAUCACGACUCGGAUUUAUUUAUGUACUUUUUUAAAGGGGAAAACACACACACACACACACGUGUUCAAACUUCUCGAAACGGGAUGGAAAAUGAGCGCAAGCUCUCUAGACCUGAAGGUGUAGCCUAUUGAAAGCGAAACUGUGGAAACUGCGAUGACCGAAGACACUGUGAAAGACACCAUGACAGUUCCCGAGUGCCCUUCUCUCACCGUUAAAGCCAACAACAACAACAACAAAAAUGAGCCGCCACCUUCGGUGUCCAUCCCCCUGGUGAACGACGGUCCUCUGACGGCAGCGACAGGUGGCACGGAGCUCUCGUGCUUCCGCUGUACUCUUCCCUUCGGCGUGGUGGUGCUGAUCGCCGGCAUCGUGGUCACAGCCGUCGCCUACAGUCUUAACUCUCAUGGCUCCACCAUCUCCCACUUCGGCCUGGCCCUGCUGUCGGCCGGCGUGGCUCUGCUCGGCCUCAGCGCCGCCUGCUGGAAGCUCCGCAGCGAGAAAAAGAAGGAGGAGCGGAGACGGGAGAGCCAGGCUGCGCUAGUCACCAACCACAGGAUCGUCUGAUGGCUGGUGGACGUGUAGAACUUCUUGGAAUUUCCAGAAAUGUGACUGCUGGUCAGAAAAAAAAGACUAGAAAAAAACCACAGAAGCAUCUUCACCUCUUCACACACUUUGCUGAACUUCUUGCUUAACAUUCUUGCCUAACUCCCUGAAAUCACAAAACUCUUUCAAACUUUCCAGACAUUUCACUAGCAUCAGACUAUUCUUUGUGACAGGAAGGUAUACAUGCUACUCUGGAUGUUUCUGACCUCCAUAAAGGAGUUAUUCAGAUCCAUAGAAAAGUCUCAGAAACCACAGGAGUAGCGUCACCUGACUGAUGUCCUAGGAUUCAGAAUCUCCAGACUUGCAGCUUCUUGCAAAGUCUAACUGCUUUAUAAAGAAACUCACAGAACAGUUAGAAUUUCAGACUCUUCAGACAAACCUUUUGGAUUCUGACACAUCACAUAGUCUAAAGAGUAUUCAGAGUGUUAGGAAUUUAUUCCGUUAAUGUGCUCAGACUCUCCGAAGUAGAAGAAGCAUGUUCCCAUGAUGAGACUUCAUGCGUGAGACUCAGGAAAAAUUCACAGGAGUAUUUUCUUCAGGUUCUUCAGACUUCCAGCUUCUUGCUGAUUACAACUGCUUUCCAAAUAACCACUGAAUAAUUCCAAAUAACCAUUACAAGUUAAAACCCUCUGGACGGUCAGAACUAAUAUGUUGGAUUUGGACUCUCAGGACAUGUGGUUGUGGAGUCAGGAAUGUGUUCAGUCAUCUUUCCCUGCCUACUAAACACACUCCUGUGUCUAGAAUCCAUUUUCUCCCUUGACACAAUGAUUUUCAAGCUUCAGAGGAUCUGCAGCAUUUACUCAUCAUGAUGUCAUUUCUGAUGUUGACCGAAUGACCAAAACCCUAGAAAUUUCUGUGCCUGAAUUUUAUUGGACUUUUUCCAACUCUUUUAAAUGACUCAGUGUUCUUUGCUUAGACUUAGAGAGAAAUUUGAGCCCAAAUGUCCAGCAUUUUAUUCAAACCUCCUGUAUCAGUCUUGCCUGGAUAUUCUAUGAGAAGAGGGAAUGAAUCUAAAGCAAACUAUGCAUAGGAAACUAUGAAACCUUGAGAGGAACUGAGACUUAAAAUUGGGAAAAGGGGUCAUAUGUCCACCUCUGGAUGAUUAGAGUACACUAGGAACUCUUUAGAUUUCAACUUUUUGCUGAUGGACACUGUUUUAAGGUGAAAGCUCUGAAUAAACAUUGUGAGAUUUUUCACUAUAGUAAUCGUGUGCACCAGUGGAGAUCUGUAAUCCACGAUGUGAAACAAGACACAAGAAGAUUACUCAGCACUCUUAAAGAAACCAUAAUUCACUCUGGUUCUGUGCAGCGGAACUGAGCUUUAUCCCUGUUUUCCUGAUGGGCAUAAAACAUCUGGACGACGAGAAGAAUAAAAACCAGCAGGGAAGGGUUUGGAUCCAGAGCCUGAGGCGUUGUUCCGUGUAGGGGCGGUCAGUGUGGGAGGGGUUGCAGAGGUGAAGAAGGCAAUUCUGGAUAUGCACAGCUGUUUCCAGAUGUUUAGGAGUCGCAGGACACUGACCUCAAGGUCCUUCAUCACAAACCUCUCUUCAAGUGUCUGACUGCGGUUCCUUUUUGCUUUGAAGUGGACCUGCAGGAUUUUCAGGAUUUUUAUUUCUUCCUUCCCCCCCACACUAUUUUUCCUCUCUUCUCUCUUUGUUUCUCUCUCUCUCUCUCUCUCCUGCAGAUUGUUUGCAUCUGUUUAGCCGGGCAGCCAGCCAAACUGUGAGCGUCAGGAUUAAGAUGAAUAGCUCCACUACAAACCUGAUGAGAGGAAGAAACACAUUAAUUCACCUCUCUUUCCUCCUUUCUUUCUUUUUUUUUUACCUUCUUCUCUUUUUCUGGAAGCCUCUCGCACUUUCUCUCAGUAAAUACAUGGUACUUAUAAACACUAUCGUAUGAUGGUAGGUUCACUUUAGUUGAAGUGAAUGAAGGAUUUUAUUUGCUACAUUUAUCAUUAAGUCUCUAUAACCAUGUGACUUAGGGCACAAAACUAGUGCCCUUCAGAGCCGUAGUGACCGAUAGGGACGUGAUAAUAACUUAUGAGAACGUAUAUAACUCUAGAUAACUCAUGGUAUAUGAUAUCAGUAUGGGAUGUGUAUCUGUCUUGCUCUGUGGAUAUAAACAGUGUUUGGUUGACGUGGGGUUCGGCUGAACCUCCUAACAGUGUUUAUCUUCUGAACGAAUAAAAAAUAAAUAAAACAAUGAA